AUGGCGCUCCUAAUGGAUCACUACGACAUGGCUCACCGUGGGCAUUUGGUACGGGAUGAACAAAUGGAUCUUGGAUCCCUCAAACUUAGGUCUCACGGUGCCUCCUCAGGCGCCAUGUCUUACGAUGAGCGGUACACACCGUUCAUCUUGAGGACAUGGCUCCUUCCGUUCAUCCAUAUGGACAUGUCCAUGAUCCUGGCACUCCCCAUCGGCGGGAAACCAGUAUGUAUCAAUACGGCCUCUUCAGGAUGGCGCCAGCAGAUGGCGGAUCUUAUUCGUAGGGCACCGGAGGCCCCUGAGGACCCCGCUAACGACAGAGUGCCAGCGGGCGCAACGUACACUUGGAUCGUUGAGAACUUCUCCGAGUGUCCUGAGGAUGCUGCCAUCGAAGUGGUUGAGCAGGACGCACGAGCAUACGUGUGCUGGGGCACAGCUGCACUUGCCUACCUUUAUCGGCAGUUGGACGAUGCUUGUCGUGGGAGCAAACCAGACAGCAGCAUAGGUGGUCCAUUGCUUCUACUGUCUGUUUGGAGCUGGGAACGCUUCCCCGUUGGACGACCGGAAACGUUGGCAUUCAACGAUUGGGACGAUCACGAAGACCCGCUGCGGAGACCCACUUGGGCUUACAAGUGGGACCGUACGAGAGAUAACUGGAACGACACUAAACUUCUGUACAAGCAGUACACGAACGAGUUCGACACUUUAACCCCUGAGCAGGUGGAAUGGCAGCCAUAUGGUAGUGGGGACGAUUUCGGUGUCCCAUUCGAUUAUGAGCUAAACCCGAAGUGCUUGGAAGAAAGACAUCUGUGGUUGAUGCGAUGUCCACUGAUAUGCAUGUGGGCGGUUGAACUUCAUCAACCACAUCAUGUGAUGCAACAGUUUGGGUUGUUGCAGACCAAUCCGCCAAAGUGGAAGGACACGAACAUACAGCUUCACGAGUAA